AAUUGGUACAAUGCACCUUUUACACACAGCGUAAAGACAUCAACAAGGGGACCAGCAUAAGGCAACUAACCCAAGAGUGGCCCUUUUUGUUCAAGGAAUCUGGAAUGGUAGUACACUUCCAAGAACUUACUGGUGUCAGUCUAAUGGAGUGCUUCCAUGCCAACGUGGACAAGAAGUGUCGACGCCUCUUAAGUUUCUUUAAAACUGUUGAUGCACCAAAACACAAACAGGUUCUGGAUGUUUUUAUCAAGUUUCAGACUGAGAGAGGCCAAUUGGAUGGUUGUCCAGGAGAUGUCAUCGAGAUGGUACUUCUUUUACUGGCUCAUUUUGGUGAAAAAGAGGAUAACCUGUUUCAUUAUGUCGAUAAGACAUGCCUAGCCAGAGAGGUUCAGAUGGAGAAGCUGCCAGCAACACCCUGCAUUAUUGUGUGUGGGUCAUCCUGCUUUACUGCUGGGAUGUUCAUGUUGAGCAUCGACCAAGAGGUUGUCAACGACCACAUCACUUCUUUCGUACCUGCCUUCUGUCUGCUGUUUGGCAGUUACUACUGUUUCAACAUACACUACCCAGUGGAACUACGGUCAACACUUGAGUUCCUUCAAAGGUGUUUCUUCUCGAUAAAUCCCGAAAGAGGCACCAAAGUCCAGUGGAAGAAAAACAAGAAAGCACUUCCUGUCAAUCCCAGAGUCCUCACUCUUAUUGCUGACCUUGCAGACCAUGAGUGGACCUAGACAUUCCUUAUGGACAAUAUGUUAAGGUACAAUGUAUGUUCCAUGUUGUCACUGUCCAAAGAAAAAUAAGUAUGUCCAAAAGAGUAGAUUUACAGGAGAGGCUAAAAAUGUGCCUUAAUUCCAGUGUAGGUUAAUGUAAAGAUUUUUUACCCCCCAGGUGAUUUUGGAACAUAUUGCUCCGACAUUUUUCACAGCAUGUAAAAAUCAACAAAAAAAGAAGCUAUAUGUUUUUUUGUGGACAGUGACUUAAAAUUGUUGUUAAAAUUGUACCAAAAAACUACUGGAAGUUCUGAGAAUCACUGUAAGUGUACUUUUACUUGGAAAAUGGCUGCUAUAGUUUAUAUAGAUACAAGUUUUAUAUUACACUGUUUUAUGAGGUCAGUGAGGUCAGUGGUUUUGUUUAGCAAACCAGGUGAUUUUAUGGCAAUUUUAUAGUAAUUUCAGGAAUCGAAAACAAGUGAUUAGAGUCACUGAGGUUAUUGUUUUGAGUCUAUGCAAGAUGCACAUUUUCAUUACUGUUAUACUGAGCAGUUUCAAAACAAUUGUUAUUGUUGUUAUUUUGUAAUCAUUUAAUAAAGAGCAGAAUUUUGUUUACGGGAUCAAUAAUUUAUUGAUCAAUAAAAUGUUUAAUACAACUUUGA